AUGGCCACUCCAAGACGCCCACGGUUCCCUGCCGCUUCUGGAAGAAGGAGAGAGGGAGCAGGCUUCCUAGCACAGGCUCAGACGUUCCUGCUAUCCCAGCAGGGAGCCAUUGAAGCCUUGCGACGAGACGUUGCAGCAAUGGGGACGCCAAGACGCAAGGUCUUCAGUACAGCUGGGCAGGACAAGUGCGACCUGGACAUGUCUGCAGCAGACUUCAGGACAUGGCGUCGAUCCUUAGAAGACUGGAUCGAACUCAACGCUGUCGGUGAUGGAGACGCCGCACGUUACAUUCGGCUUCUGUGUGCCCCUGAGCUACAGAAAGCGCUCGACGCCAGGUAUCCCGCAGCCAAGGCUGCCCCGGACGAGGUGGAUGAGGAUCAAGACGUCGCUAUCGCCGCAGCUAUGUCCGCAGCUGCGGUAGCCGCCCUUGACUUGAGUGGGUGCACCACCAUCGAUGAAGAAAUGGUGUUGCAAGUGGCGCUUGAGGACCCCACAUACCAGUCGCUGGUUUCAAGAGUGUGCAGCGGCGACUGGCGGCCCCACAAGUCACAGGAGCUCGCCUGCUUACGCCCCUUUUACAGCGUACGGGACAGACUGGCAGUGUCCCGUGGCCUAGUCACCUAUACCUACGACCAGGGAUGUGUGCGACUCGUCAUCCCUGAGGCUCUACGUCAACGAGUAGCCUCCAGUCUUCACGCCAGCCAUCAGGGGCUCGACUUCAUGCUGAGGAGGGCCAGGCAAACAGUAUAUUGGCCUGGGAUAGAGGGUGAUCUGCAGCAUCAUCGGGCCAUGUGCAACACCUGUAACGCCAACGCGCCUUCACAACCGCCCGAGCCCCUCAUCCUCACGCCACCCCCCGACUACCCCUUUCAGCAGACGGUGGCGGACUUAUUCCAGCUGGGAGGUCAAACUUACCUGGUAUACGCUGACAGACUCACUGGGUGGCUGGAGGUGGCACAUCUACCCUCGGGUGCCUUCCGGUAA